CGUGGAUUUUCAUUGUGGCAGUCAGUGCUGCCAAAAAGACAGACCCGCCAACGUUUCAGAGCUUUUCCUCUAACUUUGUUCACAUUUAGAAGUUGGACCACUCAUUUUCUUUCCUCCGUUUGUCGCACUUGAACACAGUUUUGUCACAGCUUUCAUAACAGGCCCCAGGAUGAGUAAAAACAGCAAAGUGUUGAACCUGAAGGAUAAAAUCAGUGGGAAAGAAGCGGACCUGAGCUUGUGUAACCUCACUGAGGUGCCAGUCAGAGAGCUGGCUUUAUUUACCAAAGCAACUGUUGUGGACUUGUCCUGCAACAACAUCAUCUCUCUUCCUCCAGAGUUCUGCAACCUGACCCACCUGGUGAAAGUGGAUCUGAGUAAAAACCAGCUGACCUGUCUGCCAGAUGACCUGGGGAACCUGGCCAACCUUCAACAUCUGGACCUGUACAACAACAAGCUGACUGUGCUGCCCGUCAGCUUCUCUCAGCUCAGGAGUCUGAAGUGGUUGGAUCUGAAGGAUAACCCGCUAGAGGCCGGCCUGGCCAAGGCAGCAGGAGACUGUCUGGAUGAGAAACAGUGCAAACAGUGUGCCUCCAAGGUUCUGGAGCACAUGAGAGCUAUUCAGGAUGAGGUUGAUCGCGUACGAGAGAAACUUUUGAGGGAAAAAGAGCUGGAGAGGAAGAAGGAGGUGAAGCAGAGGGAGCGGGAGGCCAGAGAGAAGGAGGCUCGUAAACGGGAGAAGGCGGAGGAGAAGGAGAAGAGGAGGAAAGAGUAUAACGCUCAGAUGGCGGCCGUGGCUGCACGGGAGCAACAGAAGAAGAAGAAUGAGGAGAAGAAGAAAAAGAAUGGACAGGCAGCAGAUAAAAAGCUUGUUGUGGAAUCGGCUCCUAAACCUCGGCGUUCUCUUGUUGGCCUGAUGUUCAAGCUCCUCCUCCUGCUGCUACUGGGAUUGGCCGGAGUCGCCGCUGCAUGCCGGCUGACCGACCUGCGGAAGGAAGCCGUGUGUGUGCCGGUCAAUGUCGCCGUGGACGACAGCCUAUCCUGGGCCAAAGAGCAGGAGGGUGUGGUUAGACAGCUGGUGCAAAAUCUGUCCUCUGCAGCGAAAGAGUUUCUUGAAUCUACGCAAGCGUCUAAGAACUAAACUAUCAUCUGCUGUCAUCAACUUCCAGAGCUGCAGGUUUUCCACUUCCACCUGUGAAUCCUGGCUUUUUUUAAUAUGCUGAAAUCAUGAAUCUCAUUAAGAUGGACAACCCUGCAUCCCCUCACCCUGUUUGAGGUGCUGGGAGGUGAAGAGUCUGUACAGAUAGAUAAAGGGGGGUGGACAGAUGUGUUAAAAUCAUCUUAAAUUCCUAUGGAAUUGUUGUCGCUCUUGUACCCUUCUUUGUACAGCCUGUUUUUAAAAAAACUCAUCGUCUUAAAUGCCGUCCGUGUUCUGCACUUUGACCACCACCCAGAGCUGGUUUGUGUUCUUGUGCAUCGUGUGGAACGUGGGUUGUAUUUGAGAGAUGUUAAGUGAAAUGUCAAGUGGCCAUGUCAGUGCUGCACUGGAGUGUCGAAUCACAUGUUUGCUGCCAGUCAGAGUCGUGCAUCAGCCAGUGUUAGAUGUGGCAGUCUGAGCAUGUGCAGUGAAGGCUGCGCAAAUGCAGAACUGGCUCAUCUGUGGCCUCCUCUUUUCUUUAUAGUCUUACAGUCACCAGCUAAAUCUCACAGCAAAUACACACACACACACACACACACACACACACACACACACACACAUUAUCUUAUCACAUAUAUAAUGGUAUCAGGUGUGUCUGCUGGCUAACGACUAACAAGAAAUGCCAAAGAUACGUUUGAAGUCAUUUAGAAACAGCGUUGUCAUUACGUAGUUUGUCCAGCUCAGUGCAGUACUGUAAUAUUAUCCAUUUACAAGAAUAUAUUUGCCGAUUUAUUUUUCAGUCAAUUAACUAACUGAAUCAUUGACUAAUCUUUUCAGUAAAAAAAACAGCCGAUUAAUCAUCAUCAGAUUUUUAUAAACUCAAAUAUUGAUAUUUAUUCUGGCCUCUAAAAUCCUGUAUUAGUCAGGCUCCAAUGUAUUAAACUGUAUUAAAAGGACCAUACUGAUAGUUUUCCAUGUGUUAGCUAUACGCUAGACCUACUUUCCUACACUUAUUGGUUUCCAUUAAUUUCCGUACAGUCUGAAAAGUAACUUGAAGCUCGCCAUCACAGUACACAUCAAGUCUGCAAGAAUAUGUGUUAAAGUGAAUUUACUGUAACAAGAUACAGACUCUUAAUAUCCACUUAAACGUCAUUACCACACAAAUAAUGGAACUUCAGCACAAAUACAUCCAGACUUGAUGUUCACUGUUAUGGAUGGAUUACACAGACAAUUGAAAGCAAUGGCUGCAUGGAAGGGAGGAAAACAUUAGCAAAAACGUUAGCUGUAAUACAAGUGUACAUGGUUUUUUUUUUGUUUUAUUAGUUGUAAAACGAUUGGUAUGGUCCUUUUUAACUCUAAAUCAUCUGAUAAAUAAGGAUCAAGUUAUAUUGAACUAGUGGUCCUUUCUUCUUGUAAUCAUGUCAUGUCUUAUGUUAACUAUAGAAAUAAAAGGCAACUGGCAGAUUAUUUUACUGUUCUUUCAGUUUUAACUGGUGACUUCUGAAAUGCAUCUUCUUGUCAUUUGUCAGGGUGUCUUCAUGCAAAAAGCUGCCUUUGCUGCUGUGGUUCUUGUAAAGCUUUCUCCAUGCUCAAACAUUGUCAGCACCAAUAAAUGGCUAUGCACUGCAAGACA